AUGCCGUUGAAGCAGCCUAAGAAGAGGAAGGAUGAUGCCAAGACUGAUACUGAGGGGACGGGUGAAAGUCAAUCUGACGUGCCUCGCCUGCCUGCUGGAGAGUUCAGGCCUAAGCAGAGCCUCGGUCAGAACUUCAUAAGCGACAAGAAUAUCAUGAACCGGCUCUGCAGUGCGUUCGACAGGGAUGAGGGCGGACAUGCAGACGGACGCCAGGUGAUCGAAGUCGGCGCGGGAAUAGGGUCGCUGACGCACAUUCUCUACAAGAAGUACAGGAAGAUGACGGCCAUUGAAAUCGAUGCCAGGGCCAUCAGCCAGCUCAGCCGGAACAUUCCUGACCUGGACGUCAUACACGACGACGUGCUGCAGGUGGACUACGAGGCAAUCAGCAAGGCCAAGGAGACCAAACUCUGGGUCAUCGGAAACCUGCCCUUCUACAUCACAAGCCAGAUCCUCUUCUGCCUGGUGGACUACAAGCGGGUCAUCGACACUGCCGUCGUCACCGCACAGUGGGAGGUGGCGCAGCGCAUGGUCGCCAAACCGUGCGAGUUCGAAUACUCGAUUCUGAGUGUUGUUUUGCAACUGUACUGCAGGCCUAAGAUCCUGUUCAGAAUACCGAAUCACGCCUUCUACCCGGUGCCCAAGGUGGACUCGGGGGUGGUCCGGCUCGACUUCAAGGGCACCACCAACCCGCCGUGCGCACCGCUCGUGCUCAAACGCAUACUCAGGGACGCGUUCAACCAGCGCCGCAAGAUGCUGAAGACCAGCCUCAGGGAAUUCCUCGAUCAGCUGGAGAUUCCGAGGCUGCCCCCUGACCUCGAGGACAUGCGGCCGCAGCAGAUGGCGCCGCAGGGGUUCGUCGCCCUGGCUCGAUGGGCGCAGCGGAAGGGCACGUUCAAAGGGGAUGGUGCGCGCUAUGGGGUCCAUGAUAACAAGCGGAUGCACGCGCCGCUGGGUGCAGCGGAUCUGGACCCUAACCCGCUCCGGGUCUGGAGACAGGAGCGCCACGGCGAAUCGUGA